AUGGCACUGGGUAGACCAUAUCGAUCAUCAUCACUAUCUUUCUCAGGAAGACCUCCAGCAUUUGGGGACCCCUUCCGCAGAAAUACCCCCCCUCAAGUUAGAUUCAAGCGUAAAGGUGCCUUCCGGAGCGGGAUCACCCUUGGUGAAGCACAAGCCAAUGUUCGAUUGGCUGGGUACGACUCGUACACCUUCAAUGACCUCGGAGUUGAUCAUCGGGGCAAGAUCUAUGUGAAGAUCUCGUGGCCUGGAUAUUCGCCACUCAAUUACGAGAUACCUGUUGAUGGCUAUGGGGGUCUUGUUGACCUUCAAUCAUUGACGCGCAGAAUAGGGCGUGCGGUUUCACAUUACCUUCAGGCCAACAUCAUACCCAUACCAUGGGAUCGUAUCGAGCUAUCGCACAUGGAAGAAGUCAGCAUGGGUACAUGGCAUCUCAAGAUGACAACAGCCUGA